UCUCUUCAUAUUCAAAAUAUUCAAAUACACAAGUCCCUAAGUCCUUGAGGUAGGUUGACAGAGUUAUAAUCGUUAAUCCAUGUUGAUUUUUCCCAAAUCUUCAUGUAUCUUGCUCAAUCAUACAAGGACUUUUUCUUCUAUGGCUACUUCCACCACAUUCGCCGGCACCCUCUCUUCCGCCGCUCCUAAGACGGCUCGUCUGCGAGGCGUUGUGUUCGACAUGGAUGGAACCUUGACUAUUCCCGUCAUCGACUUCCCGGCUAUGUACAUGGCCGUUCUCGGCGAGGAAGGAUACCGUGAUAUCAAGGCGAAGAACCCCUCCGGCAUCGACAUUUUGCACCACAUUGAAUGCUGGAGCCCCCACAAAAAGAGGCGCGCGUAUGAUAUCAUUGCCGAUUUUGAGAAGCAAGGCCUCGAUCGUCUGCAAAUCAUGCCGGGUUUGCCCCGUUUACCCGACUUCUUAUCUUUUAGGUGCAGUAGAGCUUUUCUGUUUUCUGGAAUCUAGGAAUAUCAGAAGGGGAUUAAUUACUCGAAAUGCCAAAGCAGCAGUUGAUUUGUUUCAUCAACGCUUUGGGAUGACAUUUACUCCUGCACUUAGUAGAGAAUUUCGUCCUUGUAAACCAGAUCCAGCCCCAUUGCUGCAUAUCUGUGACACUUGGGAAGUGCACCCUAAUGAAGUGAUGAUGAUAGGAGAUAGUCUUAAAGAUGAUGUUGCGUGUGGGAAACAAGCAGGAGCGUUUACCUGCUUACUUGAUGAAAUAGGGAAGUAUGAUGCUCCAGAAUAUGUGAAUGUUGAGUACCAACCAGAUCACAAGGUUUCUUCCCUUCUGGAAGUUCAGACUCUGCUAGGCACACAUUUUGACCUCACGCCUUGAUUGGGGAGCAUCACUGUGAGUUUGUCUAGGAGGAAAAAAGGGCAUUGAGAGUAAUUUCAAAGUUUGUAUGCUUGUUUCUUCAUCGUACUAAGCUUUGUAAUGGUAGAUAGAUGAAGCGGACUACUUACAGGCUGUGGUGCAAGGAGAGCCACCAGUCCACCACGCAAAGCAGAACUUUCAAUGUAACAAUUUUUUUACAAUUUUACAUCACUGAUUGUGUUCGCAUAGAGCAUGAAGACUCUCUAAAACGUCUUAUGGAGGCUUGAUCAGAUAUCUUUCCAGCUUAAAAUUCCAUCUACUCAUCCCGAAUAACUGGUAAUGUUUAAAAGACAUGAUUUCAAGCUUUUUUCUUUUUUUCCUGACAAUUAAUGUAAUGUAUGAAUAUGUUUGUGAACUUGCAUUGUGUAAUCUGCAAAGGCAUAUCAAUAUGAAGAUGUAUUUAGUGAAUAUAAAGCCUUGUUGUAAUAUACUAAACUAACGGAAGAAAGAUUCGAGUUUUAUCAUCAUGUUUGGUUC